GUAUAAAAAUCUGUAACUAGUAAGUAGUAACUACUAAUUAAUAACUUCUGUUUAGUGUCAAGACUCUAGUCCUGUGUUGUUCACAGAUUAAGUGGAUUCGCGUCGCACGUGUAAAUAGUCACUUUAAAUUAUGUCGACGAUUUUUGCUGCUCGACAAUUUUCCACUUCGGCCGUUAGCAAUCACAUAAUGAAACUGACCCGUCUGCGUGUGGUGGACAACAGCACAAUUGGCAAGCAAGCAAUGGCUGAAGGUAAACCCCCACGUUGCAUACACGUUUAUAAUAAGAAAGGUAUUGGCACGAUCGGUGACAAAAUAAUGGUUGCAAUCAAAGGUGAAAAAGUAAAAGCUAUCAUUGUUGGCUGUGUCAAGGAACAAAAACCCAAUAUUCCCAGGUUUGACAGCAACAAUAUAGUGCUGAUUGAUGAUAAUGGCACACCUCUUGGGACACGUAUAAAUGUUCCGAUUCCAAUUGUUCUUAGGACUAUAUUAAAAGAAAAAACUUUCUCAAAAGGAGCUGAUUACACUAAAUUAUUGGCCAUCGCUUCAAAUUAUGUAUAAAUAGUAGUGAUAUAUAUAUAUUAUAAACUUAGUUGUAUAUUUUUCAAUGUUAUUUGUGUACUGUAAAAAUAAAAAAUGUAUUAGAAAC